ACUCGGAUAUGUAAGGGGAGAAAUACCCUACUUUAAGAAACGCUAGUCAAAUGUCCGGAAAAACGCUGUGAUUUUUUAUAAGACUGGUCGAAUGUGAGGUGUUAAGAUGGAUUUAUUCAUUCGAGAUGGUUUUGUGGUUGUACGAUUGUGUUUUAAAAUUGUGAAAAAGCUUCCCGAAAUUUUAAUAUUUUUGUAAUCAAAAUCUUUACUGUUGUUACGUACAGAUUUUAAACAUAUAUCUUCAAGUUGCCUAAAUUACUUAGUCAGGUUUGUAAACAAGAAAAUGGUCAAAGUCGUUGUAACAUGGCUCACGUAUCUCUCCGUUGCAUCUUCAAUCCCUCAAUUCGAUCCCAGUGCCCUCCUCCAAGGCAUCUUAAUCCCUGCCGACGUCGCUGUUGGCACCAUAAUCUACAGACUUCGGGCCCACGAUCCAACUUUCGAAUACCCUCUCAUCUUCUCCCUUCAAAACGAACCAACCACUGUCAGCAUCGACAGCCUCAACUGCACUCGUCUCAACUCUAUUUGCCAAGCAAAUGUCGUCCUAAGAAGAAAACUAAAAGCUGAUCUUUUUUACGACUUCAGUGUAAUUGUACAAAACCAAAGAGGUGAAACUGCCAGUUUGAAUUGCUCAUUUCGAGCAACAAACGCAACGACACCAAUUAACGAGAUUUUUCCUGGUGCUCCGACUUUGUUGAGUGUUUCUGAAAGUGCCAGAAGAAACGCGGAAUUAGGAAGUAUAAUCGCGAGAGGAAAUCCGAAUCGACCAGAUGGUGUGCUUCUGGAACUGUGGGGAGCACCACAAUUUGGACUUUACCAAAAAUUGAUCACCGAGAGGGACGCACAAGCCACUAUUGUGCUUUUAGGAGCGCUGGAUUAUGAAACAACAAAUGUGCAUCAUCUAACCAUUUUAGCUAAUGACCCUUGGACCCGAAUGAAAGAAGACACCCGAAACAUCGCAAGUUGGUCUCUCCUCGUCGCCAUCAUAGACGAACAGGACACCCCUCCCAUCUUUACACUAGCUCCACCCACCACAACCUUAAGCCCCAGUCUGCUUCCUGGCGAUUUAGUUCUCCGAAUCCACGCCGAAGAUGGCGAUCGAGGCAAGCCCAGAGACAUACGAUAUGGUUUAGUGCCCGAAGGCAACCCUUUCACACCUUUUUUCAACAUUUCGGAGGACACCGGUGAACUUCGACUCGUUCGUCCUUUAACCGAAAUCGUCGCUAUUUCGCAUAGUGGUCAACCAAUUCUUCUAACAGUCAUAGCUGAAGAAGUCCGCACUAAUCCUGAAGAACCACCCGCGCAGUCAUCCACAGUGAGUCUAGCUCUUAUACCUCCCGGAAUUCGACCCGGAACUCCGAUUUUCGGCUCAAACGAAUACAAUACUCUCUUGGACGAGAAUUCCCCAAGUGGAACUGUGCUGAAUUUACCACAAGCUGAAGUUGUGGCACAACCUGGCAACGUGGUCGCUUUAACACUUGUUGGAAAUAACAACACUUUUGAAGUAACUCCAAGUGUGAUAGAGGGACAAGCAAAAUUUGAAGUUAGAGUCCAUGACCCGAAAUUGUUAGAUUACGAAAAGUGGCGCUCAGUGCAAUGUUACAUCGUUGCAAGGGAACUCGGAACGGGAAAUUUUACAGCACAAGCAAAACUUGAAGUGUUGUUAAACGAUGUCAAUGACAAUUUACCCGAAUUUACCCAAGAAGAGUACCAAGCCUCGAUUCAAGAAAACGCACCUUUUGGUACAACUGUUCUAAGAGUUGAAGCGAGAGAUAGAGACAGAGCUCCGGGUAGCAAAAUCAAGUAUGUGCGACUUUAUGGUGACGGCAGCGAUUUUUUCAGUUUGGACCCAACCACCGGUUUAGUCACUGUUUCCGAUCCUUCAGGACUUGACGCUGAAAAAAACCCAACACUGACUUUCUUCAUUGAAGCUGCUGAUGAAGACGGAAACGGCCAAACAUCAACCGCUGGCAUCAUUGUCCAUCUUAUUGACAUUAACGACGAAGCUCCACAGUUCGAGAAAAGUGUCUAUGAAUUUAUUUUAAAUCACGACAAAAAUGCAUUCACAACCAAAGCAUUUAUUAAAGCGGUUGACAAAGAUAUAAGCCCACCAAAUAAUGAAAUUCAUUACGAGUUGAUCAAACCCAUUGAAAAUCUCCACUUGAACGAAAAAACUGGAGAGUUGGUCAUUACUAGAACUUUGUUGGAGAAUAAUAUUAUAAUUACUACUGCAAGGGCUUGGGAUGGGGGUGUUCCAAGAUUGUUUAGUGAGUGCGAAAUAAGGAUUUAUCCACCUGAAAGUCACUCACGACGUAUGGUAUUUAUUGUGCCUGGAAAAAAUCCAGAUUUGGCCGAUCUUCAAAAGAAAUUGAGUGUUUUGACGGGUGCCAAGAUCACAAUCAAUGAAAUUAGACCCUAUUUAGGCUCUGAACCUGGCGCCAAAGAUGUCAGUGGCUACAAUUCAGAAAAAAGUGUGGUGGUUGCCACUGCAACUUACUCGGACGACGUUAUCGACGUCAACACAGUCAAACAAGUUUUCGACGAAAAACACGCAACCCAAAUUGAAAAAGCGUCCCAAAAUGGUGGAAAUCUCCUCUGGCUUCUGAUCCUUUUAAUAAUCCUGGCUCUCCUAUUGGCCAUUAUUUUAAUACUGUGCUGCAUUUGUCAAGGAUGUCCUUUGUAUGUCCCCCCGAAACGUCGAAAAGUGGUUUCUGCCGAAAUAAAAAAAGUCGUUCGUGGUUCCGGUAAUGGAAAAGAAAGCAAAUCUGUUCAAGUAGCUGAAUGGUUCGGUCGUCGUGAAGCUUGGUCUCCUGAACACAUUAUGGUUGACAACGAAGCUGAAUCUUUACAAAGACACGAACAAGAGAGAGGUUCUGACCGAACUGAAGCAAGACGUACUAUUCAUCGACCUUUACAAAGAGAACCUUCAAGAGAGCAAUUUUACAUCCGCGAAGGCAACACCGAUAUUUUAAGAUUGAUAACUCGAGGAAACGACCAAAGAGCCGAUCAAACAUAUUACAUCACCGACAGUGGGAAAGAUAUUCUCAUGAGACGCUUCAUAGACCAACAACAGGCCGAAACCAUCAAACAAGUCCCUCUACCAAACUCAGUUACAAAACUACAAACCGAGAAUGAACUCCUUGAGCAAUCUUUAAGGCAACAAAAUGCUUUACUUCGUCAGAUUUUGAUAGAACGAGAAAGAGAUUUAAGAUUGGAGACUCAGUCGCUGCCUGCGGGGACACAAACCGAUCAGGAUCAGGAAACUCAGACUGAGCCUCUUUUUCUGAGACCACCACGAAGAAGAGUUCGGUCGGAUAACGACGCGAGUGACGGUAGUGACGAUGAGGCGGCAAUAAUACGAGCAAGAGCAAGACGACGAAGAACUCAUCUUCGGAAAAUCAAAACACCGAUUCAGGAAGAAUCAGAAAUUGAAGAAAAACCAGUUAAAAGUAAAACUAAACCACAAAUCAACAUUCGUCAAACUCGAACCAGUGAAUUGCGCCAGAAAAAAGCCACGAAAUCAAACAUUCGAAAAGAAGUGUUGCGGGAAAUAUCAGCAUCGUUAGAACGUAGUGACAGUAGUGAAGAUGAAAAGUAUCAAAGAGAAGAGUAUUUCUCGGAUAGUCUAGAUGAAAUAACACCACGUUCGGAGAGAACCACAGGCUCGACAAGACACAAAUAUCAUUCGGAGAGUGACCUUCGUGUACCUUCACCAGUUGGUACCAAGAAAACCAAGUCACAAAGUCAUUCAGAUUUAACAAAGUCAAAGAAGAAGCCUAAAGUGAAAAGAACUUCAAGAUAUAUGGAAUGGUAUAACAAAAAUUCCAAAACUACAACAAGCAAAGACACUGCUAGUGUGAAAUCCGAAAAACCGCCAUCUAAGGAAGACAAACUGAUCAAAGAAACUGUACGAAAAGUCACAAAUAGGUUGAUGCAAGAUACCGAAUCGAGUUCGAGGAAGAAAGUCGAUUCGAAAAAAGCACCAACGGGUCCGGAACAUCCAUUACUUCAACAUUCGGAGCACCGUUUCGAAGUUCGAUAUCCAACGGUGAGGAAAGCGGAAGAUGAUAAAGAUACGGAUUCGGGGAUUGCCUUAACGAGACUGCCGAUUGCUCAGAAGAAGAGCAUUUUUACCAUUGCUUAUGAUGAUAUGCAUACGAAGCAGAUAAUACCUCACAGUCCACCAUUGUAAUUUUUUAUACAGGCUGCGACAGAACCCGCUCAUCAAAAAAAAAUGAAAAAUGUUAAAAAAUUUUAUCUAUAAAAAUUUCAAAGUUAUGAGAGUUUAAAUUUUGU